AUGGAGGGUUUCCAGGCGUACGGGGCGGGGAAGGCAGGCGAGGCGUUCGACCCGCUGGUGUUCUUCAGACAGCCUCAGACCGUUCUGAGGGUCGCCUGCUGGCUCUGCUCCGUCGUGAUCCUCGGCUGCGUUGCUAACGAGGGCUACGCUAACCAUCCCGAAGAGGAGGAUGAGUUCUGCAUCUUCAACCGCAACCAGCACGCUUGCAGCUACGCCAUUGCCAUAGCAACGCUGUGCUUCCUGUGCAGCAGCGGCCUCCUGGCACUGGACUCCUAUUUCCCUCAGAUUACUGGCGUGAAGGACAGGAAGAAGGCUGUCAUGGCCGACAUGGCCCUGUCAGCUCUUUGGUCUCUGUUCUGGUUCGUGGGUUUCUGUUUUCUGGCCAAUCAAUGGCAGGUUUCUAAAGAAGAAGAAAACCCUCUGAAUGAAGGAGCUGACGCUGCCAGAGCCACCAUUGUCUUCUCCUUCUUCUCCUUCUUCACCUGGGCGCUGCAGUGUUUGCUGGCCGUCCACAGGUUCAAACUGGGAGCUGAUUCUGUCACAUUCAACCAGGAGUACGUUGACCCCAACCAACAGGAAGCUCUGCAGGAAGCCUUGUUUGUCCAUCCGUCUUCCCCCUCUUCUCCAGGAUCAGGUCUCGGAGGCAGCAGCUCCAGCAGUAACCCCCAAACUUCCCUUUCAGCCACAUUACCCAGCGGUGACUGUGGCAUCCCGACACAAAUUCUCUGA